AUUUUCUUUUUCUUUUUUAGAGAUUUUUAGGGGUAGUUUUGAGUAAUAGCCAAUAUCAAAGUCUCUGAAAGGCAUGGGACCUAAAAAUUGGCAUGCAGGUGUCUAAUAGAUAAAUAUUGAAACUCAAUUUAUUCAAAAUGGACGAGAAUAUAUAUAAAUUGCAACUAUUAACUCUUGCAAAUGAAGCAGAGAUCUAUUUGCGCGAACUGUUUCAUGAUUCUGAGUAUGGAAAUCUACCGAAAGAUGAAAAAAAGUUAUAUAGUCAUAUGGAAAAGUUAGAUAGAAGUGGUAAAUUGAGUCAUCUUCGACCAGAACAACGAGAAAUUGUUUUACCAGGCAAUAAAAAGACAAACUCAGCGAAAUUUGACACCAUUCUGUUGUCUCACUUUCUUCUUACUCACGCAAAAUUAACCAAACCAGCUCGAGCAGCUCUGGAGAAAAUAGGCGAGGAAAAGAACCUUAUUCUAAGUAACCCUGACAUAACGUAUCAAGAAUUUGAAACACGAUGGAACAAUAUGGAAACAUUUCUUCGUAGGCUUGGAUAUCCGUAUGACUGCCAUGCUAAAUAUAUAAAAGCGGCCUAUGAUUUCGAUCAAUUAGAUGCCUUGGACGGAAUUGAAGACUCGUUAAGGAAAAGUGAGAGAGAAAUAAAAGAAUAUAACGACAAGAAUAAAUUCAAAUGAGAAACCAUUGAAAAUCAUUUUGAGCAGCACUUGGCGAUAUUUGUACUUAAUGUUGUUCUGUAAACUUUUUAGACAUUUUCUUAUCCAAAUUACAUGAAUUAAAUGAACAUUGUCAUUUUUAUAGUUCACAAGAACAUCAAAAAAAUAGUCUUUAAAUAUGUUAAUAUUUGCUACUUACAUGUUUUCUUCAUUUUGUUUAGGUUGUUUUUUGUUUGUUUAUUUCAUUCAUUCUGUUAAGGAACUCUUUUCCAUUUUUUUUUGUUACAUUAUCGAGAUUUAUUCAUUCCAAAUUUUCCACUUGGUCAGUUGCUAAUCAGUUCAAAUCUCAAACUCAGCAUUCAGCAACUCGAUUUCUUAUUAAGGAAACGUGCAGAUUUUAAAAUUGAAAGGCAAUUAAUAACACAAACGUUCUAUUCUUUAAUAAUGAACAUUUUUAAGAUUUGAAGAAUUAGAUGAUGUUAAAAUUGUCUUUUGCGCAAACAUUAAAGUAUGCUAGCAAAAAAGAAAGCAAAAAUGUUUGAAAAUAAUUGUUUCUUAGUAAUUCCAGACACGCAUGAAAUUUUGUUUCUCUAAAUCUGUAAAUGAAUCCAGGCUGUUAAUACGCUUUCACAUACUUUCUGAGUUCAUAUAUCGAUGUACUUUUUCAAUGUUCUCAAUAUUUUGCGAGUUAGCAGUUGAAAAGAUCUAUAAUUAACAUGUUCUUAAUUGAUUACAAAUUAUUAACCCUAACACAGUUUUUCUCGCAUCGAUAAACAUAUAAUUAGACAAUUUUCCCCAAUCAAUCGACGGUAUUUACUCAUUAUUUUCUGCCCAGCUCGAGCAUUUAAAUUCUAUUAAUUGUUCAUUAGAAACAAACAAUAGAAAUAGAACUUUUUUUUAAAGCCGGCUCUUAUUUCCGCCAGUCGCCAAAAUAACGCCCUUUUAGGGUGGCUUGAUAAGGGCCGAUAAGGUAGUUGUUAUACAUUGAUGUGAGUUGUAGCUCAAAAAGGAGCAUAUAGAGGCAUUAGGCCCCUGUUCGCAGUAUCUUCAUUGAUAAUAGUCCCAUUAAAACUGAAGAGUGUCUUUUAUUUUAAAUUAUCUUUAAUUUUUAAAACCAUGUAUCUCACGGGCCUUAUCGACUGGUGCAAUGAAAUAAUAAACAACCUUGUGCCCACUAAAGGAAGAAGAUAAGGAAAAAGUAGUACCGUUAACAAGCUGUUUACAUAAAAGAGAAAAAAAACAAAGAUUUAGUGAAUUAGUUUGUGUAAAUUAGUGUAUAUUACUUACUAUGUAACAUCAACUUUAAAUAAAUGAAAUGAAUAAAAACAAAAAAACAAACAAGUAAACAAAUAAACAAGAAAAUAAACAAAAACCAAACAAAGAAAAAUACCCCUAAUGCUUAUAAAUUUGAGAAAUUUAUAGUGUAUAUGGUACUGAGAUAAUUGAGCUCGGCCGCACAACGUUCAACACAAAAAUAGUGUAAGUGCGUCAAACAAGAA